CAAGUUUUGAUUUGUGUGGGAAGAAGAUCGUUGACAUUUACAGAAAGAUUUUUUCUAUGGUGUCCUCGUAAGAAAUGCAUAAGAAAUUUAUUCCAGAUGAACAUUUAAGGAAAGAAAGCAAUGUCAGCUUAGUAAACGUAGGUAAUUUGAUAUGCUAAAUAUAAAAGUGGCCCCAAGUAUAUAAUGUCAUGUAAGCUACCAAAACAAAAUGUCAAUUAUAAAAAGUUGAUUCAAGAUGGUUGCACGGGAUUGUUGGUGGGUUCAUUGACAAAAGCAUAAUCUUUUCCGCUUCUAGGCAUUGUUGGCAAUUUUGAAGGGUUUUUGUUACUUUUGUUAAAGCUCUGCGCCACAUACGCAAUGGACCAGAUUAUGGGACAGAAUUGCAUGAGCCUCAGAAUGUUCUUGGUUAUAGCUUUCCCUGUCGUUGUAAUUGUAACAGUAACCCUAAUGUAUCAAAACUCUGGUUUCGGACUUUUUGAGGGAUUUUCCGGAGGCAUAAUACAAGGAGGAACAACUCAGAACGUUACUGCUGAGUUGUUGACUGGUGGGCCAAAUGUUACAACUCAUGGCUUUGAAUUGGGAGGAAGAGUCCAAAAUAUAACACAUGACAGCUUAGGAGAAUCAGAAGGUGGAGUUAAAGAACUUCAAGGGAGAUCUCAAAAUGAUGCCACUACUGAAGGAAGAACUAAGAAUAUUACAGCAGCAGAUGGUGGCCCGAAAAAUGUUUCAUUGACAAGUUCAACAAAUGAGUCAACUCAACAUGCAGUUAAUCAUGAUGACAAACUGCUUGGUGGACUAUUAGCCUCUGGAUUUGAUGAAACAUCAUGCAAAAGUAGAAUGCAAUCUCACUUAUAUCGCAAAGCUUCUCCACAUAAGCCUUCUCCAUAUUUGAUAUCUAAACUACGUGGCUAUGAAGAAAUCCAUAGAAGGUGUGGACCUAGUAGUAAAACUUACGACAAAAGCAUGAGAAAGAUUGAACACUCCAAGAACAAUGGUGUUGCUACAACGUGUAAGUACCUUAUCUUUACACCAGCUAAUGGUUUGGGGAACCAAAUGAUUAGCCUGGCUGCAACAUUUCUUUAUGCCGUCCUCACUGAUCGAGUGCUACUUGUAAAAUUUGGGAGCGAUAAGCAUGGCCUAUUUUGCGAGCCAUUUCUCAAUUCAACUUGGAUAUUACCGAAGAAGUCUCCGUUUUGGAAUGAAAAACAUAUCGAAACAUAUCAGUUCCUGCUAGAGAAGGAUAGGGUUAGCAACUCAACGGAGGAUUUACCACCAGUUUUGUUUAUGAAUCUACAACACUCCCUCAAUGACCCUGAGAAACUUUUUCACUGUGGCCAUAGUCAAGAUCUUCUCCGAAAAAUCCCUAUGUUGAUUUUGCAGUCUGAUCAAUACUUUGUGCCCUCUAUGUUCAUGAACCCGUUUUAUAGCAUGGAGAUUACCAAAAUGUUUCUAGAAAAGGAUGUAGUUUUCCACCAUUUGGGUCGCUACCUUUUUCACCCUUCAAAUGAAGCAUGGGAAUUUAUCAGAAGUUAUUAUAAGGCACAUUUGGCCAAAGCAGCUGAGAGAAUAGGCUUACAAAUAAGAGUAUUUAAGCCUGAAACCACACCAACACAAGCAAUCAUGGAUCUAGUUUUAAGCUGCACAUUAAAGCAUAAGAUACUACCAGAAGUGGGUUUAGAAACUUCAGUGUCUUAUGCUAAAAAAAAACAGACUACAAAAGCAGUUCUCGUGGCAUCUUUAUCUCCAGAAUAUGGAGAUAAUUUACGGACUAUGUAUCAUAACAAACCAACCAUUAGUGGGGAAGUGAUACAAGUUUAUCAGCCAAGUCAUGAAGGGCAUCAAAAGUCUAAUGAUAAUAAGCAUAAUCUGAAGGCUUGGAUGGACAUGUAUCUACUAAGUUUAUCUGAUGUGUUGGUGACAACAUCUCUCUCUACUUUUGGCUACGUUGCUCAGGGGUUGGGAAAUUUGAAGCCUUGGCUUCUAUACAGGAUUUUAAAAAACGAGAGCCAUUUUCCAGCGUGUGAACGAGAUUUCUCAUUGGAGCCUUGUUAUCAUGUUCCUCCUAAGCAUUACUGCAAUGGAAUGCCCAUGCCCACCAAGGAAUUAUUUUCUUCUUUUCCCUAUUUGAGGGAGUGCAAGGAUUUUUAUUUAGGUGUGAAGAUGGUUAAUGAUUCUAUGUAAUUUCAUAUUUUCAUGGUUUAGCCUUUUUUUCUCUCUUAAAUUUAUAGUUUAACUGGGCAAUGAUUUUUA